AUGUCCAACGAGAACCAAAAAGAUCCACCAGCAACGAAGGUUACAGAUCCGAAACAACUAACUACAAUCUACAAGAAAAACGGAACUUUUGAUGCUAAAAGAAAAGAGCUCCUAUCCAAUUUCAAACAAUCAGAAACAUGUCAAAACUUGCUCCUAAAACUACAAAUCAUGGUUGAAUCCAAAGUGAAAGCAGAUCCGCUGAUUUUGAUGAAAAAUAAGGGUAAGACCGCGGCUUUGAUCCAAGGUGAGAUCGUCAAUCAAUCAAAUAGCAAAGAUAAUGCAACCUCCACGAUCCACCAUGGCAGUAAAGAAGACACGGGGAUUCUAAGUAUAGUCGAUAAGGAUAUACAAGAAAACAUCAUCGAUUCUUCUCAGUUUCAUGAGUCGUUGAAAGAGGAGUUGAUGGAUGUUCAACGUAAGUUGAUGGGUAUAAGUGAUGACGAGUUUGAAACAAUGAAGCAAGAACUACGUGUCAAAAAGGAGAAACAAGAACAAGAAGAGGCGAUAAAAAGGCAAGUGAGAUUGGAAAAGGACAAAAACGAGCUAGAUUAUAGGAACAAUUUCAGGAUCAAGGAGAUGACUAACGGGAGAGUUCAUGCAAAUGCUGCUACUGCUCAUCGUGUGCAUAAAGUACCUCGAAUUAACUUAAAGAGUAAAAAUGCGAGUGGUGGUGAUUCACCAUCUGAAGCCAAAGUUGAGAAGAAAAAGGUAACAAAGAUGAUGUACUAG